UCAUCUCGCCCUCGUCCUCCAAAGUCACAAGGCUGCGAAGCUUCCAGCAACAGAAGAGGAAAGUAAGGAAGCUAUAACGCAGGAGUCCGGAGCCGCCGCAAAACCACCAUCUGCUCUUGCGGAGAACCUCAAGCCAAAGCCACAAAACUGGAAAAAGUCGGGAUUGGCUCGCACCCAGAAGGGGUGCUCACUGCGCGCUCGCUGCGGUAGGGCACCGAGCGAGGAGCUGAGGACACAAAGAGGAUUCCUCGGGUCACCUGGACGACUGCAUUUCAGCCACCUGCCCCUCCGGGUCUCUUCUCGCCCUUCACUCCUCCUGCUGGUUCUCCCCUCCGGCCCCCCGCCUUCUCCUUGUUCCGCAGGCGCCGCUAGGCCCUCCCGCGGUCGCCCGCCGACACCCAGGUUUCCACUGACACGAGCCUCUCGGCGCGGCUUCCGCUUCCGGCGAGUAUUGUGUGUCGCGCUGCGGGGCGGGGGCGGGGGGAGGAGGAAGGAGGGAGGCAGCGCUCCGGCGGCUCUGCGCCCCGCACUCCCGGACCCGAAGCCGGGAAGUUAAAUAAUGGCAGAGACAAGCCUGUUAGAGGCCGGGGCCUCUGCAGCCUCCACAGCUGCAGCUCUGGAGAACUUACAGGUGGAGGCAAGUUGCUCUGUGUGCCUGGAGUAUCUGAAGGAGCCUGUCAUCAUUGAGUGUGGGCACAACUUCUGCAAAGCUUGCAUCACUCGCUGGUGGGAGGACCUAGAGAGGGACUUCCCUUGUCCUGUAUGUCGAAAGACGUCCCGCUACCGCAGUCUCCGACCUAAUCGACAGCUGGGCAGCAUGGUGGAAAUUGCCAAGCAGCUCCAGGCUGUCAAGCGGAAGAUCCGAGAUGAGAGCCUCUGCCCCCAGCACCAUGAAGCCCUCAGCCUCUUCUGCUAUGAGGACCAGGAGGCUGUGUGUUUGAUAUGUGCAAUUUCCCACACCCACCGGGCCCACACCGUCGUGCCACUGGACGAUGCCACACAGGAGUACAAGGAAAAACUGCAGAAGUGCCUGGAGCCCCUGGAGCGGAAGCUGCAGGAGAUCACCCGCUGCAAGUCCUCUGAGGAGAAGAAGCCUGGGGAACUCAAGAGACUAGUGGAGAGUCGUCGACAGCAGAUCCUAAAGGAAUUUGAAGAGCUUCAUCGGCGGCUGGAUGAAGAGCAGCAGGUGUUACUUUCACGACUAGAGGAGGAGGAACAGGACAUUCUACAGCGCCUCCGAGAAAAUGCUGCUCACCUUGGAGACAAGCGCCGGGACCUGGCCCACUUGGCUGCUGAGGUGGAGGGCAAGUGCUUACAGUCGGGCUUCGAGAUGCUUAAGGAUGUCAAAAGUACCCUGGAAAAAUGUGAGAAGGUGAAGACCAUGGAGGUGACUUCAGUAUCCAUAGAGCUGGAAAAGAACUUCAGCAAUUUCCCCCGACAGUACUUUGCACUAAGGAAAAUCCUUAAACAGCUAAUUGCGGAUGUGACCCUGGACCCUGAGACUGCUCAUCCUAACCUAGUCCUGUCGGAAGAUCGUAAGAGCGUCAAGUUCGUGGAGACAAGACUCCGGGAUCUCCCUGAUACACCACAACGUUUCACCUUCUACCCUUGUGUCCUGGCUACUGAGGGUUUCACCUCAGGUCGACACUACUGGGAGGUGGAGGUGGGCGACAAGACCCACUGGGCAGUGGGUGUGUGCCGGGACUCUGUGAGCCGAAAGGGCGAACUGACCCCACUCCCUGAGACUGGCUACUGGCGGGUGCGGCUGUGGAACGGGGACAAGUAUGCAGCCACUACCACACCUUUUACCCCUUUGCACCUCAAGGUGAAACCCAGGCGAGUAGGCAUAUUCCUAGACUAUGAGGCCGGUACACUGUCUUUUUACAACGUCACAGACCGCUCUCAUAUCUACACCUUCACUGAUACUUUUACUGAGAAACUUUGGCCCCUCUUCUACCCAGGCAUCCGGGCUGGUCGGAAGAAUGCUGCACCACUUACCAUCAGGCCCCCAACAGAUUGGGAGUGACAGGUAGGGACGUGGGAAUAAUCAGGGUGAGGCAGGGUCAAGAGCUACGGGCCUUCCUUCCUGUGACCUGCUGGAACGUCUUCGUGUCUGCCUGGUUCCAGUCCUGAACCAUCUGGGAGAACACCUUGGUUUCUAGAAUGGUUUAUGGGGAGGAGUAGUUAGGACUGGGCUGGGACGAGAGCACUGCAGUGUCUCCCUCCUCACUGUUAGGGUGGAGAGCUGGUUCCCAGGGGGUAGUCUCCUCUGAAGUCCAUCAGGUUUUCUAUUGCACAAGGAUGGGUUGGAAGGAAGGAGAGGCUUUUCCAGAAACAACAAGUCUGUGGGAGGGUCUGACUUGCUCAAACCAGAGGAGGAAACAGAACCCCCUGUACAUCCUUUUAGGGGGUUCUUUGACCCAAAACAGUCUUGUUUUUUUAGGAAGAUCACAGGGGUCUUGGUACCUCUAAAUUGAAAUAAAGAUGAAUGACAGUUGCUCUCGUGGGUGUAGAAGUUGAGGAGUUAUUUUCAGGGCAGAGAUUGGGCAUCAAGAAGGUUAGAAAUAAGGUCAGGAAAGGGGGCUAAAUGAACAGAUUCCUAAAGAAUAAUGAAGGGGAGAAGGGUUUCUUUGGUUGCCAUUAUGAGUAGGAUUGGCCAGAGGUAGGAAUGUGGGGAGGAGGGGGUAGGAAGAAAGAGAACCCAGGUCCCUGCCUUAGCCUUCAGCAGAGAUGGCUCAUCGCCCACCUCCUUGUAGUUGCUCAUCUCCACGAGCUGUUACCUUGCUCAUCUGGAGAGGCAAGAUGCAAGAGAUCCUGCAAGACACAUCUACCCUUUCACUGCUUUCCCAAGGGAACUUGGAAAGGAGAGAGUCAGGUAUUAGAGGAAAGAGAAAAGUAUUCCUAUCCAAAGCCCUGGCCUUAAAGAAUGCUACUAAGUAGCUACUCCCAAGUUGUCAGCCUUGUUACCUGGCUAAGGUGUCCAAGCCAGACAGGGAAAAAGAAAACGGAGUCUUCCUCACCCUGGGGACAGGGUAGAAGAGGGUGGUAUGUAUAGGGAAGGGCCAGAUAGGCAAUUUCCUUUGGCCUGUGUGCAUCUGGCCUGGAACUAGUGUUCACAAGAGCCGGAUUUUGUUUGUUGCCAUCCUUCACCUUUUGCCAUUUCUCAUAUCAGAGAAUGUAAAUCAUUUUAAUGUUAGGCCAAAAUAAACAACCUGUAGGGUACAUAUGUUGUCAAAAAAGGUAAAGCAAUGCAUGCCAAACCAAACUAAAAUGACUGGAUUAUCUGCUACUUGGGUAAUCAGGGGUUCACAGAAGAUUAGGACAAGAAACUGCAGUUUAUUGAGGGCAUUUCAGCUGCUCCUACCACCUCAACAGGACUUUGUCCAGACUCUCCUCUUACCUUUGUGCCUUGACUGUGGUUCUUUGUGGCAAGAUGCUUUGGUUGGUAAAACAUAAUAUGGAACAAAGGAUCCACUGAAGUGA